AUGGAAUACAUUAAUCAAAUCAAGAAUCGGCACCGCUCGUCGCAGAUUAUGCAAGCUCCAAAACCGGUUUUGAGCGAGGAGGACGAAGCUUUUCUACGACAACUCACCGCGCAGUCGGAGAAUGGACCCAAAUCGGUGGGAGAAGCUUCCGCUUCAGCUACUGAUCCUUCCCCGGGGGCUCCUGAGAGCUCUGUAAGCCCGGACGCCGUACAUGUUCCUCUCCCUGCUUCGCCAGGUGAGGAGUUUGGAAAGGCGCUUGGUGAACAGGGUCGAAGAGCGAGCCACAAGUCCGAAGACUUCACUCCUGCAAAAGAAGUUGAGCCCGUGAAAUCCCAAGAUAAGUCAGGACCGGAGAAGAAAAAGAAGAGAUGGAGCGCUAUGUUCUGGAAGAAGAGUGCAGAUGCCAAGAAGGCCGAGAAGGAAAAAGAGGAUAUGACAGACAUCCUGGAACGAUUGAAUCUAGCCGCCGAUAAUAAUCGCGUCUUCUCUGUCAGCGACGAGACACAGGAACUUCUGCGAAAGUUCAAAUUGAUUUUCAAGGAUCUGAUCAACGGUGUUCCGACAGCCUACCGUGACCUCGAGAUGCUUUUGACUAAUGGGAAUCGUCAAUUGCAAGACACCUAUACCAAGCUGCCAGGCUUUCUCCAAAAGCUGAUCGAGAGACUGCCCGAGAAAUGGACAGAGACUCUGGCACCAGAGAUGCUUGCUGUAGCUAGCGAGCGUGCCACACAGAGUGGUAUCAAUAUGGAACAUGUCGGGAAGGCCGCUGCUGCGGCGGAAAAGAUGGGUGUCAAUAUACCCAGCUUGAAGGAAUUGGUCUCCAAGCCCGCGGCGGUGGUCGGAAUGCUCCGAUCCAUCAUGGCCUUUUUGCGGGCUCGAUUCCCGGCUGUCCUGGGAAUGAAUGUGCUUUGGUCACUUGCAUUGUUCAUUCUCCUCUUUGUUCUGUGGUAUUGCCACAAGCGUGGCCGAGAGGUUCGACUCGAAAACGAGCGCCUCGUAACGGAGGAAGAAAUCAACAAGAUGAAUGAGGAUUCCUCCGAAACCAGAAUACGUCCAACUGAGACAUUAACAACAACGGCACCCCAGGGUGCUUCCUCGCUGGAAGUUCGAGAGGGUGUUAGGAAGGUAGAACAAGCUCGAGCGUCCUCGGCGUUAGAAGCUGCCGCCUCCGAUCCUCAAGUUUCUGAAGCUCAAACUGAGACCCAAAGAUUCGACCUCUCGCCCACCUACGAUGCCGACUCGUUCGAAGUCUCGAUUAUCUAUCUUUGGGAGAUCGAAGACCGAGUCAACUCCCUCAUCGAAUAUUGCCCCUUACCCCGGGACAUGAGCGAACCAGGCGCUUGCGUAUCUCUGUCAUAG